UUUAUUUAUUUCUUCAUUGCAGCUGGUGAUAAAUUGGAGUUUAAGAAUAGUGGAGAUGACGACAAAAUACACACAGUUGAGAAACCAUUUAAACAUUUGGAGUUUGGAGAGACUUUUGGUCAGAACUCCCAUUCCAGUUCCUAUAAAAGAAAUUCCAUUGGGGGGAAACAGUAUCAGUGCUUGGAGUGUGGAAAGAGCUUCAGUUGGAACUCCAAUCUCAUUUCACAUCAAAGAAUUCAUACAGGGGAGAAACCAUAUCAGUGCUUAGAAUGUGGGAAGAGCUUUAAUAUAAGCAUAAGCUUCCGUCGACAUCAGAGAAUUCACAGUGGGGAGAAACCAUAUCAGUGCUUGGAAUGUGGAAAGAGGUUCAGUCAGAGUGCCACUCUCACUUCCCAUCAAAGAACUCACAGCGGAGAGAAACCAUAUCAUUGCUUGGAAUGUGGAAAGAGGUUUACUCGGAGCACCACUCUCACAGCUCAUCAAAUAAUUCAUACAGGGGAGAAACCAUAUCAGUGCUCUGAAUGUGGAAAGAGCUUCAGUCACAGGGCUUAUCUCCGAGCCCAUGAAAUAGUACAUAUAGAGAAGAAACCACACCAGUGCUUGGAAUGUGGGAAGAGCUUCAGUCAGAGAGCCAAGCUCACCUCCCAUCAAAAAAUUCACAGUGGAGAGAAACCAUAUCAGUGCAUGGAAUGUGGAAAGAUCUUCAGUGAGAGUGCCACUCUCACUUCUCAUCAAAGAAUUCAUACAGGGGAGAAACCAUAUCAGUGCUUGGAAUGUGGAAAAAGCUUCAGUCAGAGUGCCACUCUCACCUACCAUCAAAGAAUUCAUACAGGGGAGAAACCUUAUAAGUGCCUAGAAUGUGGGAAGAGCUUCACUCAGAAUGCCACUCUCACUUCCCAUCAAAGAAUUCACACAGGGGAGAAACCCUAUGAAUGCAUGGAAUGUGGAAAGAGCUUCAGUAACAGGAGUGAUCUCACAGCACAUCAAAGAAUUCAUACAGGGGAAAAACCAUAUCACUGCUUGGAAUGUGGAAAGAGCUUCAGUGUGAGCACCCAUCUCACUUCCCAUCAAAAAAUUCAUACAGGAGAGAAACCAUAUAAAUGCUUGCAAUGUGGAAAAAGCUUCAGUCAGAGCACCCAUCUCACUUCCCACCAAAUAAUCCAUACAGGGGAGAAACCAUAUAAAUGCUUGGAAUGUGGAAAGAGCUUCAGCAAGAGUGCCUAUCUUACAACUCAUCAAAGAAUCCAUACAGGGGAGAAACCCUACCAGUGCUUAGAAUGUGGAAAGAGCUUCAGUCAAAAGGGGAGUCUCACUUCCCAUAAAAAAAUCCAUAGCAGGAAGAAUAAUGAAAUCACAGAGCAGGAAGGAAUCUUGAGGGUCACCUAAUCCCAUGCCUUGCAACACAGGAAUCUCAGCUAAAGCUUCUAUUAUUCAUAACAGAACCUUUGCUGCACACAAAACCUUUGCUUAUAAACCUCCAAUGAAGAAGAGUCCACAACAUACCAAGGGAGUCCAUUACACUGUCAAACAGCCCUUUCCAUCAGCAAGUUAUUCCAGAUGUUUAAGCAGAAUCUCAUUUCUUGUAACUUGAAUCCAUUGGUUUGGGUCCUUCCCUCCAGAGCAGGAGAAAACAAGUUUUCUUCAUUUUGCAUAUGGCAGCCCUUAGGAUAUUUGGACAGCCCUUCAUAUACACCCUUGUGCAAAUUAAUUGAAACAAAACAUGUUUUCUAUGCCACAUUGAUCAGUCUGUCAAGCACCCAGAAAAGAAGAUGUUUUGGGGAUGCUUCAGUUGUUAUGGUGUCUGAAGCCUGCAGCCAAUAGAAGGAAUGAUGCUCUCGCCACAAUAUAUUGAGGUUCUAUGAAAGAGAGUUAUUCAAGGGUUGGAAAAGAAGUAUCCUGACAGUACUGGGAUAUUGCAGCAGGACCUAGCCCCCGUCACACACCGAAAGUGGUGAAGAAAUUCAUGACAGAGCAGCCAAUACAUGUACUUGAUUGGCCAGGGAAUUCCUCGGAUGUAAAUCCCAUUGAGAAUUUGUGGGCUAGAAAUGCACCAACGAGAGAUGACAUUGUGUUUUAGGGGUCUCCCAGAACAUCAGGAUGAGAUCAUCAAAGAAAAUAUUGUAAAAGAACUGGCAAAUUGGCUAGGACUACAAGACGAUGAUAUUCAACUAGACACUGAUAAAGCAUUUAGGGUUAAAUCAAUGAGAGGCAAGGCCAACAAAUGGCCAGGAGAUUGCCUGGUAUUCUUCAAUUCCAGACUACUUAAGGACAAGAUUCUGCAAAAAAAAGUAACCAAGAAAAAUUGAGAAUAGAAGAAAAGAAUAUCAUUAUCCUCAAGGCAAUACCAGCAAGAUUGUUGUUAAAGAAAAGAAAUAAUUCUAAAGUCCUAGCAAACGCAUUGAGAAACAACUCCAAAGCAUAUAGAUGGGAAUUCCCUGAAGAGCUAUCUUUCACAUAUAAAGAAAGAAGAAAGAGGAUUAGAGGAGCUGGAUAAACAAGCUCCUCUGAUGUUCAUAGGCACCGAAAAGGCGUUUGACAACGUCUCGUGGAAAUUUAUGGAAAGAACAAUGGAAACACUGGGAGUAGGGAAAAUUCAGUGGUACCUCGGGUUAAGGAAUUAAUUAGUUCUGGAGGUCCGCUCUUAACCUGAAACUGUUCUUAACCUGAAGCACCACUUUAGCUAAUGGGGCCUCCUGCUGCUGCCGCACAAUUUCUGUUCUCAUCCUGAAGCAAAGUUCUUAACCCAAGGUACUAUUUCUGGGUUAGCAGAGUCUGUAACCUGAAGCGUCUGUAACCCGAGGUACCACUCUAACAGGAAACUAAAAUAUUAUCUUAAAGAUUUCAAAAUAAAACAUUACAGCUACAGAAUACAUAUUUAACACAGAGUUAUUUACAUGGUUGAAUUUAUCUUAAGGCUGCCAGCGUUUUCAAAUGUACAAAAUUUUCACCCAUAUAUUCAAUAAACAUUUUCCAAUCUUC